CUCAUCAUGUGAAGACUUCAGAAAGUCCUUGCUUCCUUGUUUAAGCGAAUUUGAGUCAAAUCAGAUAUAGGUGGAGGGGGCGCCGAGACGAAAUUUUCGGACCUAAAUAGUAUAUGCUUGAUUGGAAGAUUUACUGCGGUCAAAUAGUUUGACCGACCAGUAUCUAUUUUCUAUCGUGUAACAUUUAUUGGAAUCGAGCAUAUAAAAUAACUUGCGAGAUCAAACAAAUUUCGCUAUUUUUUUUUCCAUUUUCAUCACUGUCUUGUUGAUCUGUCAUGACAGAUUUAAGUGUAUCGUCGCGAUCGACGUCAACUAGUCAAACAUUUCAUGAUGACAAAAAAAGAAACAGCAAUACCUCUGACAUCAAAGCUGCCUCUUCCGCAAACCUCAAUGACGAAAAACUGUUAUUAGAAGAAGAAAUUGCAGCUAUUCCCAUCAAACAAAUGGAGUCCAGACAUGCCGAAGAAAAAGAAAAAGAAGAAAAAAAGAAAAAGAAGAAGGAGAAGCAACCUACCGUACCCAUUUAUAAAUUAUUUCGCUUUGCUACUCCACUAGAGCGCUGUAUGAUCCUUAUAUCUCUCAUUUUUUCCAUUGGUGUUGGUGCUCUCCAACCUAUCAGUAUCAUCAUCUUUGGUCAAUUCAUGGGAACUAUCUCUACCUCAAUGGUCACUGGUGAUCUUGAGCGACUUGCCAACGAUGCUCACCCAUUAAUUCUUAUUUUUGUAUAUAUGGGUACUGGUGUUUUGGUCGCCGCUUAUAUCACAAACUGCUUUUGGGUUCUCACUGGUGAAAAUCAAGUACGACGAAUCCGUAACAUGUACGUGCAUGCUAUCCUUCGUCAAGAUAUGGGUUGGUUCGAUAAAGCCGAAGAAGGUUCCUUAACUACUCGAUUGGCUACUGAUACUCAAUUGAUUCAAGAUGGUAUUUCUGAAAAGUUUGGUCUCUUUGCCAUGUGUGUUGGUCAAUUCAUCACUGGUUUCGUUGUUGCUUUUGUGAAGGGUUGGAGACUUGCUGUCGUCAUGCUUGCCACACUUCCUGUCUUGGCUGGUGUUGGUGGUGCUAUGGGCUUUUUUAUUACCAAGUACACUCUUAAAUCACAAGACUCUUAUGCUGAAGCCGGUUCAAUUGCUGAGCAAGUCUUUUCUGGUAUUCGAACUGUUUACUCUUUCUCUCUACAAAACCGUUUUGCUGACUUGUAUGAAAAGAAGUUAGUCAAGGCCAUGGAUGUUGGUAUCAAGAGAGGUCAAGUGCUUGGCUUUGGUUUUGGUGGUUUCAUGUUUACUCUCUUUUCUACUUAUGGUCUUGCCUUCUGGUAUGGUUCCAAGUUGACACGCGAAGGCCUUAUGUAUGGUCAAGAUGUUCUCGUCGUCUUUUUUGCAAUGAUUAUGGGUGCCAUUGCCUUCUUGCAAUUGCCUCCUAAUCUUUCUGCUGUUUCUUCUGCUUGUGGCGCUGCUUAUAAAAUCUAUGCCACUAUUGAUCGUGUUCCUCCUAUUGAUGCUGAUAAGCAAGAUGGUUUGGCUCCUGAAAAGAUUCUCGGUGAAAUCGAAUUUAAAGAUGUCAAAUUUAGUUACCCCACUCGUCCUGACAUUACCAUUUUGAAGAAGCUCAACUUAAAUAUCAAGCCCGGUAUGACUGUUGCUUUUGUGGGUCCAUCUGGUUCUGGUAAAUCAACCAGUGUUCAAUUGUUACAACGUUUCUAUGAUCCUUUGGAAGGCUCAGUUAUUCUUGAUGGUAAAGAUCUCAAAGAUUAUAACGUUGCUUGGCUGCGUAGCAAGAUUGGUGUUGUGUCUCAAGAACCUGUCUUGUUCAAUAUGACUAUCAAACAAAACUUGUUGAUGGGUGUUACUGAAGAAGUGACAAAUGACGAUAUUGUUGUUGCCUGUAAAAAAGCUAACUGUCACUCUUUUAUCUCUCAAUUGCCUGAUGGUUACGAGACACUUGUUGGCGAACAUGGUGGUAUGCUUUCCGGUGGCCAAAAGCAACGUAUUGCUAUUGCCCGUGCUAUUCUUAAGAACCCUACUAUUCUUUUAUUGGAUGAGGCUACUUCUGCUUUGGAUACUCAGUCCGAGCGUUUGGUCCAAACUGCUCUUGAUGCUGCUGCUGCUGACCGCACAACCAUUGUCAUUGCUCACCGUCUUUCUACUAUUAGAAACGCUGACCUUAUUGUUGUCAUGCAAGGUGGUGAUCUUGUUGAACAAGGCACCCAUAACGAUCUUGUUGAACUUAAUGGUGUCUAUGCUGAUUUGGUCAGAAAGCAAGAAAUUGCUACCAAGCAAGUGGGUAGUAAUGUUGAAGAACUUAACUCUGAAGAAUUGUUGAAACGUGAACAACAAGAAUUGAUUGCUGAAAAGAAACGUGCUGAAGAAGAACUCAUUAAUGAAAAGGACACUACUGCCAACUUGUUCAAGACUACAAGUCGUGCUUCUGUUGAUGCUUAUGAACUCAAGCUUCGUAAAGAAAAAGAAGAACGUAAACAAGCCAUGAAGCAAAGUGCUCCUCUCGGCAAGGUCUUGAAACAAAUGCGUCCUGAAUGGCCUUUGUUGAUCACUGGUGUCUGUGGUGCUGCAGUUGCUGGUGCUGUCUUCCCUUGUUUCGCUUUGAUUUUCGCUCAAGUACUUUCUCAACUUGUUAGCCCUGAUACGACUCCUCCAGGCCCAAUGGAAGGUACUAAUCUCUACUCUUUCUUGUUUGUCAUUAUUGGUAUUGCCGCCCUUAUUGGUUUUGCUACUCAAGUUAUUUGCUUUGAAGUUGCAGGUGAACGCUACACCAAGCGUCUUCGUGGUCAAAUUUUCCGUGCUUUCAUGAAGCAAGAAAUUGGUUUCUUUGAUGAAGACGAUAACUCUCUCGGCGCACUUACUUCCAAGCUUGCUAUUGAUUCUAAGAAUGUCAAUGAAUUGGUUACCAAGACAUGGGGUGAUAUUACUCAAAUUAUUGUUACUGCCAUUACUGGUUUAGCUAUUGCUUUCUCUCAAAGUUGGAUGUUGACUUUGAUCAUUCUUUGUAUGGCUCCCUUCAUUGGUUUUGCUACCUUCUAUGAAUCCAAAAUCCACCGUGGUUUUGAAGACAAAACAAAAAAAGCAAAUGAACAAAGUGGUGAAGUUGCUGGCGAAGCUAUCAAAGAAAUCCGUACAGUCGCUGGUCUCAACAAACAAUCUUACUUUGAAAACAAAUACCACAAUGCUACUGAUCGUCCCCAUCGUCUUGCUCAACGUAAGGCUUAUAUGUCUUCGCUUGGUUAUGCUAUGCAACAAGGUAUUACUCUUUAUACAAAUGCCGUUGCUUUUUACGCUGGUACUCAGCUUAUGUGGCACCAUGGUCUUGCUUUUAACAAGAUGUUUACUUGUAUGAUGACCAUCAUGAUUACUGCUCAAGGUAUUGGUAGAGCUUCCGUUUUCACAACCACUUAUGCCAAGGCUAAAUACUCUUCUAUUGCUGCUUUUGAAAUUCUUGAACGUGAGCCCUCUAUUGAUCCUGACCUCGAAGGUAUCGAACCUAAUCGUUCCCAAAUCAAGGGUGAUAUUGAUUUUGAAAACAUCACUUUCCGUUACCCUGCUCGUCCUGAUGUCUCUAUCUUUAAUGGUGAAUUCAAUUUACACGGAAAGGCUGGUCAAACCAUUGCUCUUGUAGGUCCCUCUGGUUGUGGUAAAUCCACGACUAUUGGUAUGCUUCAACGUUGGUAUGAUCCUAUCACAGGUACUGUCCGUCUCGAUGAUAACAACGUCAAGAACUACACCCUCGGCAAUUUGCGUAGCCAUACAUCCCUUGUAGGUCAAGAACCCGUCUUGUUUGAUAUGACUAUUGCUGAAAACAUCCGCUUUGGUGUGGAUGAAGGCAAAGAGGUGACUCAAGAAGAAAUUGAAGCUGCUACCAAAGCCGCCAAUAUCCACAAGUUUAUUUCUAGUCUUCCUAAUGGAUACGAUACCCGUGUUGGUGAUAAAGGUUCUCAAUUAUCUGGUGGUCAAAAGCAACGUAUUGCUAUUGCCCGUGCUUUGAUUCGUAAGCCUAAGGUUCUCUUGUUGGACGAAGCUACUUCUGCCCUUGAUAGUGAAAGUGAAAAAUUGGUGCAAGCAGCUAUUGAUAACAUUCUUGAAGAAGGUGGCCGUACAACAAUAACCAUUGCUCAUCGUCUUUCUACUAUCCAAAAUGCCGACUUGAUUUGUGUUGUCAAGAAUGGCCGUGUGAUUGAACAAGGUACUCACUGGGAGUUACUCAAGUUAAAUGGAACUUACAGUGAACUCGUUUAUCAACAAUCACUCAAUGCUCAUUAAUACGAUGGUUUAUCUACCUCUUACUUUUUUAUAUCUUCUAGACUUGCUUCUCCUAAAUUAAUCAUAAUCUACUUGUAUACUAUAAAUCUUUUUUGCUUCUAAAAAACAAAUAAAUACUUUACCGUCUUAC